AAAUUUUUAUUUUUUAUUUUGUCAUUGAUUUCCAAUUUCAUUCGAUUAUGAUCUGAUAAAAUGCAUGGUAUCAUCUCACUCCAGUCAGAAUGGCUGCUAUAGUAUCUCUACUUUUUUUAUAUUUGCUAAAAGUUGCUUUGUGGCAUAUUAUAUGGUCUAUUUUAGAGAAGGAUCCAUGUACUGUUGAGAAGAAAGUGUAUCUCCUUGUAGCAGAUGGAACUAUUCUAUAUAAGUUUUUUUCUCAGCAAAAGAAAUAAUCUGUGAGAUGAACAGAGAGCCUACAUCCUUGGAGCAAAUUUUUACCCCUCACUCAUCAGAUAGAGCACUAAUCUCUAGAGUAUAUAAAGAACUCAAAAAGCUAAGCACCAAAAAAACAAAUAACCCAAUCAACAAAUGGGCCAAGGACCUGAACAGACUCUUCUCAGAAGAUGAUGUACAAUCAAUCAACAAAUAUAUGAAAACAUGUUCAUUAUCUCUAGCAAUUAGAGAAAUGCAAAUCAAAACUACUCUAAGAUAUCAUCUCACUACAGUCAGAAUGGCUACUAUUAUGAAGACAAACAGCAAUAAUUAUUGGCGAGGAUGUGGGGGAUAAGUUACACUCAUAUGUUGCUGGUGGGACUGCAAAGUGGUACAGCCAAUAUGGAAAGUGGUAUGGAGAUUCCUUGGAAAACUGGGAAUGGAACCACCAUUUGACCCAGCUAUACCUCUCUUUGUUUUAUACUCCAAAGACUUAAAAACAGCAUACUACAGGGACACAGCAACAUUAAUGUUUAUAGCAGCACAAUUCAGAAUAGCUAAACUGUGGAGCCAACCUAGAUGCCCUUCAGUGGAUAAAUGGAUUAAAAAAUGUGGCAUAUAUACACAAUGGAAUUUUACUCAGCAACAAAAGAGAAUAAAAUCAUGACAUUUGCAGACCCUGAAUCUACAGCGUGGCUGGUGAUAGCUGGCAUCCUAGUGGUCUUGUGUAUGGUUUUGCUGACAACAGUGGGUGUGUUGCUUUCAAACUUACUUUCUAGAAGAGAAGAGCAAAACAGAAAAGUUUCUACCACAUCUUCUAAAGACAAUGAAUGUUCCUGUGAUCUUAGUUCUCACAAUGGGAUUGGGUUUGGAAAUAGUUACUAUCAUGUUUCCAAUGAAACCAAAACCUGGCCUAAAAGUUAUACUGCCUGUGUAGAACUGAAUUCUCGUCUUCUGAAGAUACAGACCCAAGAAUUGCUGGAUCUCUUAUCAACAUUUGGAAUGUCGGGAUGGAUAGAUCAUAAAAUGUGUGAAAUUGAUUGGUUCCCGUUAAUGAAAAAUUGUACCAAAAUGAAUGAAAGUCAAGUUCAAUUGAUGAAAAAGAAGAACAAGAAUUGUGCUUAUAUCAGUGGAAAGUACAUUUAUCCUGAAAACUGUUCAUCUAGGAAAUUUUACAUAUGUGAGUUUAAUAUACAGCAACAUCUGCUUUACUAACACAAUAUUAUUAAAUCCUAAUAAAAUAUUUACAAAAUA